AUGCUCGUCCUCUGGGAAGUAAGUCGUACUGAACUUCAAGACAAAAGGAAGAUAAUUGAACGUCAUCACAAUUGUUGUCUCAGCCUCCCUCUUGAUAUUGUUCCCAAAGACGCCCACGUGGUCCUGCGCAGGCUCUCUCGUGACCUUCGUCGUUAUGCUAUUCGUGAUGUCCUUCGAUGUUCGCAUUCGGCCAUUGAGUCGCUUCACUUCAAGGAGACAUGGAUCGUCGAAGUUAAUGACGAGGGUGGCAGCAUCACCCAGUUGGUAUGA